GUCCUCUGCGAGAGAGCACUGAUAGGGGGCUGGCUGUAAAUUGACGUGGCAUGGAAAAUCUCUGCUAGCUUUUAGCAGCUCUAACAUUGCUGCAAAAUCAAGCCUACUGGAACCAAGUCUAUGGCUUGAAAUCAUUAUGGAUUUGCUGUUUAUAUAUGAAAAAUGAAUGGGAAGUACCUUCACUUUUUAUUUUGGGAGACAGACUUUUUAUGUAUUUGGAUUUAUGGUUAAUAAAAUCAAAGGGAAUCACUUGGUUACUGGUUUUGGGGUUCUUUUUGGUUUUUUUUGUUGUUGUUUUGUUUUUUAGUGAGAGCAGCGGAUCUUGUUGCUCCCCCCUCCUUCUCCUGAGAUUUAAUCACUUGCAGAUUUUACCAUGGGGUGCGGACUGAGAAAGCUGGAAGACCCAGAUGAUAGCAGCCCUGGAAAAAUUUUUUCUACAUUGAAGAGACCACAAGUUGAAACAAAGGCCGAUUCUGCUUAUGAAUAUAUAUUGCUGGAUUUUACUUUAGAAGCUUCCUCUAAUCCAGAAGUUAUCAAGAUCGGUUCUGUGUUGGAUAUAGCAUCUAAGGUGGAAGAAUAUUACAGCAAAGGAUAUGUCGUAGGAGCUGUUCAUCCUAUUCUGCUGCCAAUUGGACAUAGAAGAAAUUUCCCUGCAAGUCACAUGUAUCGGGUGGUACUUUCACGAUUAAAAUUGAGCCAGAAGCAUGCAGCACCCAGAGGACAAAGGAACCCCAGGCUAGUGAUUGAGGAAUGUCCUGUAACGUAUGACACACUGACAAAUGAGGUAGUGAAAGAACUGUUAGAAAAGGUUAAUGAAGCAGCUAAAAGAGGAAAGAAGUUUGUGGGAUUUGUAACACAACAUUUUCCUCAAAUUAAAGCCUGUAAUGGAGCAAGCACAGAUGGGAGUGCAGAGCUGGAAUUGACGCUGGGCGGAAGAAAUAGGGAACACAGAAGAAUAAGUUCCGAUGAUGACUACAAAAACUGGAAUGAAAGGUCACUGUGUGAUAACCUAUCUGAGAGUGGGAAUGAAGAGGAAAUGCAAGCAGAUAGUGGACUGUUACAAGAUGCAGAUUUCCAGUUUGGAAAAGAAGUCAGCCCUAUUAAACCACGAAAGGGAAAUGACAAGCUGUAUACGGUCUUCAAUGUUUUUGAUGAUGACUCUACCUGCUGGACCUAUCAUGAAGGCGCCUUGUCCAUGAAAGUGACAAGAAAGGGACCGGUUAUCAAUACACUGGAAGCAGACUGGCUAGAACUAACUACAUUUUACUACAAACAAGGAUUAUCUUUAAUUGAUUCUUUUGUACACUGGGAAAUUUCUAAAGGUGACCAUUUGCCCAGAUCUUUAGAAGGAUUAUUUAUCUAUGAAGAAGAAGGUUCUGGGGUUCCAGGUUCUAACAGGAAAGGAAAUGAUGCAAUUGUUGUUGAACAAUGGACAGUCAUUGAGGGGUGUGAAGUGAAAACAGAUUAUGGACCUUUACUGAACACAUUGGCUGAGUUUGGAUGGCUCCUGACCUGUGUCCUGCCUACACCUAUUGUACGACACGACAGUGAAGGAAAUCUGGCCACAAAGCAAGUUGUUUUUCUUCAGAGACCUGUCGUAUGGAAUCCUGCUGUCCAGACACCAGAGAAGAAAUCCUUGAGGCAAGUUACUGGGGAGGAAAAAGGCAAAGCUGCUAGCAGAAGUGUUGGAUUAGACGCUGGUACUUCUCACCCUGUAGAAAUUGGACAACCACCUGAUGAGUUUCACCUGUCUCCUUCUAAACAAUGUUGUAUCAAAGAGGCCUCCUCCCAGUAUGGCGGUUUCUCGGGGUUUGGUAGCAGCGAUGGAGUAUUAAGGGAGCUGGAUGAUGGACAAUUUGACCAGGAAGAUGGAGUCACUCAGGUCACAUGUAUGUGAUCGAGUAAGUAACUGCAUCAGAUGGACAUGUACAUAAUUCAAACAAAUGUAAAAGAAUGUACUACUUUUAAUGCAUUGGUGUAAGCUUAUGACUUUUCCCAGACUCGUUUUGUAUUAUUGCCUGUUUCUUUGUUAUGCUACUCCUACUGUAGUAAUAAUACUACUGCAAAAUAAUUCGGCUUCCUGUCUGUCUUCACUAGAAUAACUACCUGACUGGGUGCUCUGCUGCUUGUUGUUAAUGUUUUUAAUAAGCAGGGAAGCAAAAGCUGCAAAAAAAAACAAAAUGACAGUUUGUGUUCUGUAAGAGAGAAAGGGAUGUGGAUGUUGAGCUUUUUCCACAAGCUGGAGGACUGGUUAUUGCCUUUUUCUAUUUACUGUUUUUUAAGACUGUUGUAAAUAUCGGUGGGGAGGAAAAAAAUGAAAAAUGAAUUAUCUGCAUAUUGUUAUGCUUUCACUUUACUUUUCACUAGUUCUCACUUGCUCUGCCUGAGCUCAAAAGCCUGGAGAAAUGUAAAUCAUACACUAGAGGGUUAAUUUAAGCUGCAUUCUUCCUGGUAUGUACAGACUUCUGAAGGCUGUAGGCAGACAUUGGUUCCUGUAAUACAGCCUCACCUAUACAGGAUUUGCCAGGGUUCCAUGUUCCGAGCUAUCUCAGUAUAUAGCUUUGUAUGUAAAAAUGGCACGAUAUAACAUAACAUAGUAUGAGUGGAAAUGCAGAACCUUGCCACUUAAGUCGGGUAACUUGCAUUCUAUGAAGUCGUUUGAGGGUCUGUAUAUGAAACACUGACAGCCAGGUGCACAAUGAUGCUGAUGAUGUACAUAGAGGAAGAAGUAGACAAUAUUAGAUGAGACUUGGUACAAAAACGCUGAUGUACAUGCAUAUUUAAAAAAUACCUUGCUAACUGUAUAUCGCACCAGGUAAACUAUAUCCAACUGCAUCAAAUACCGUAAAUGCUGUUCAGGGGAAAGAUGGAAGUUCCUGGGAUUCCAUCCUUACUGUGGGCAUGAGCUCAGACAGGCUCUUGUAGGGAGAGGCGUGCGCAGGAAUUGUUUCGGUGCUGCUGUCUUGAAGUUGCAUUUGGCAGUUCAGCUUCCUUCAGAGCCGGUCUGCCUCUGCAGCUGGGAAAAGGUCAAAAGCCACAAGAAAAGUAUUCAAAUUUCUUUUCUUUCCUCAGAUCAGCGUUGGCAUUUUGACAUAAUACACUAUAAGUUGGUUACUGCCUGCGCUGUCUGUAAGAAGUUAUUACUAAUGGAAAUCUGAAACCUUAGUUGUUAAAAAAACAUAAAAGCAAAGCUGGAGAGAAAUGUUCAGUGCUAUUGCAAGUUAUUUCUCCAGGGUGACAGUGAUGGCUUUCUCACUUGUGUGAGAUCUGUUGUGGGAGCUUGAAAUGGUGUUGGAGUUAUUUCCCAGCUUUACUGUAGAAAAGAGCAACUCUAACUGUUGGUGAGAGAUGUUUUCUUCUCCCUGUCCACAACUGGAACUGGAGGCAGCCCAUGAAUUUCUCUUGUUUUCCUAUCGUGCGUUGCUGACAAGUGCAGCUUCUUUCUCUCAUUUGUGUUUCUUGGCAAAAAUGGUGGCGGUCUGGCAAAGUAGUUGUGAAUGUGACUGUUGUAAGAGCCAAAUCCAUGUCGCUGGAGUAGGAGGAGCACCGUGCUCAGUGCGGGUUGCAGGAGGGCUGCAGGAGAACCUGGGGUAGCGGGCACAGUAAGAAAUGCAGCCUUGUCGAGGUCUCUUCCUGCUUUCCCACUGGCAUCUUGAGGUCACAGAUGUGGUGCACAAACCUCACAUUCAUCCCACUGGGGACAACAUACAGGGGAUCUCCCUGCUAAAGGGGAGAGUGGUGGCUGUGUGUCAUGUCCCCCCCCUGUCCCACCCUGUCCCCCCCCCCCAGUUGUCUUCUCAUGCAGCCCGCUGAGCUGUGGCCCUGGAGGAGCAGUCAGCUCCCCUAUGGUGCUACACAUGGAAAAUCUGUCUCUGGCAGAAUGCUAAAUAAUUUCAGCGUAUUAAAAAUGGGGUAACAGUUGGUCUUCUGCAACUUGGAAUAUGAUGCCGUACUCCUGAAAGUAUUUGUCAGAAGUUAUCCAAAAAAGCCCACAGUACUCUCAGAUGUGUGCCAUUAAUUGUAACUGCUGGUGGUUCUCCAUACAAGUCAAACUUGUAAAAAGCAGCAUAAUUUGGUCCAAAAAACCGGCAACUCUCAGUACCCCACGUUUAAAAGCUUGUUCAGUGUGUGUCUGAAAAACUACCCCUUAUAAAGGAGUAUCACAGUAGUUAACAAUAGUGAAUCUUACAACUGAAUUGCUACUAUUUAUGUGUUAUAAUAUAUAAAACACUAACUUAAAUGCAGUUACUCCUUCUGGAAUGCACUUAUUGAAUAGAAAGAAUCAUUUUACUUUAACUGAGGUAUUUUCUUCCCACCAGGUGGUGAGAAUGCAGAAAACUCCAACUAGUAUCCAGAUGCUUUUUCUAAACAAGUUUUUCCCAUAUGAUUGAUGGAGUAUAAACACAGGAGAUUCCAUUUUUGCAGUGAGAGCAGUCUGGAUGUCCCCCAAUCUAUUCUAGAAUAUUCCCACUUGUAGCAAGAGAAGCUUUUCUUAAACUGUAGGCUACUGAAAAGGAACGUGGCUCUGUUUCAGAGCUGCGAGCGCACUUCAGUCCUCGCUCUCGAGUCUCAGUAGGUUUUGACUGUGCCACAAACUUCUGUAAAUUUAUUGGUACGUAAAUAUGGCAGAUUUCUUCUCUGAACUCAUUUAGCAAUGGCUAUUCAGUUAAGGACAGAAUGGUUUACUUUGAUUGGGUUUAUAAUGCCAUUUGCCUCACAGGGCACGAAGUCGCCCCUGCUGCACAAGCAUUAAUCUAGAUUGUCUUCCAGUUUUGUCUUCAACCUCACAGGGCUACAUUUAGGUUCUAUACUGCAAACAAACAAAAUACAAUUCUUCACCUGGAAAAAAAGUUUCCUGCCAGAUUGACGAGAGAGAUAUGUGUGAAGGGAGUGGCAUGGAGAGAGCAGCAAAAGAUUAAGUUUCUCAGCACUUUUAAAUACAAGAACUGAAGGGAAUCGUGGAAAUGGUAAGUAGUGAGGUUAGAAACAAAUCAAGUAUUUAUUCAGCUGGCUGUGCAACUCCUGCUGCAGGAUGUUGUACGUAAAGCUUCAUGGAUCUAAAAGGUGACUGGAAAAAUCCUGAAAGGAGAAAAAACCACUCAAAUCUCUUUGAAAGUCACUGAACCGCAAGCGUAUGGUCGGAGUAGUUCUUACACUUGUUAUUCUUCAUCCCUGGGAUAGCUGGACUGAGUAGGACCAUUGUAGAAGGGUAGCAGAGAGUGGUCUCCUGCUGCAAGACCUUCUUUUAAAAACAGAGGAAGAGGUUUGCUCGGUCCAUAUGAGGAGUGGAUGUGCGUGAUCUGACUUCAUGCACUGGUUGAAGAACACAGAAUAACCCACCUGUCUUCCUAGGACACGGACACUGAAAUAUCUGAAAAUGCUUCUGAAACAAACGAUGGCUUUGGGAACUUGUAAUGACAAAGAGAUUUUCCAUCUCAUUUGAGGAGGUGAAGAGGAGAGGGUGCAUUUUCUGUAGAGGGGAUUCUAAGUGAAGCUAUGUGGUUUUUUUAUGCUCUUACAGAAAUAAGAGCAUUAAGGUGUGCCGUUACUAUUGUGAAUUACUAGCACCUUUUUUUAAAUUCAAAGUUGGUAAAGCAGAAGAGCUGUGAGGGAGGGUAAGACUGUUGUUAAGUUCCCUUUAAAUGCUCCUACUAUAAAAAUUCUUCACCUAUACAUAAGCACAAUGCUUAUUCAUUUUACAAGAAUGUAUUUCAUGUAUCUCAUUAUCUUAUGCCUUUUUAUUGAAUGAAUUGUGAAUCAAAUUUGAAGCAUGAAUGCAUUCUCCGACAAAAGAAAACACAAAUUUAUUCUCCACUGUGGCUUCAGCUGUGUUUAGUAGAGUCCCUUACUGGUAUGUGGCAACACAAAUGCCCCAGAACUAUUAGAAAACAUAGAGAUGGAAAGCCAUUAAGGCUGUUCCUAAACCUCUGUGGAAGACUGUUUACAGUUCAAGUUGUGUUUGGACAGGAAAUACUUGUAAGUCUUUGCAAACCAGGAGGAGUAGUCUGUUACAAACAAAAAUGCUGUGCCCUGCUUAUAAUUGUCACAACAGUUUUUUUACAUACCUCAUCACCUGCAAUAAACUGUUGCUUAACUUCUGUUUCUGGUCUAUAAAAUACGAUGUUUUUUGUGUAAUGUUAAAAUCCUUUUUAUAUUUCUGAGAGGAAGCUUCUCACCAUUAAAAGCACUUACCUAAUCAGC